AUGAUUGCUAGGCUGAAAAUCACGUGUUUGGUGCUUGUUUGUUUGGCCAACAGCUCCACCUGCCAAACGACGGUGUGUACUGGAAACGAAGUACCCGGUGCCGCUUUUCCCCACGAGUAUGACUGCACGCUGUACUACAUCUGUGCGGAUGGAUUCCAGUAUCAGCUGUCCUGUUUCGGCGGGCAGCACUUUUCCCCGAUAUCGUUGCGCUGCGAGUCACCCGAAACGGCUUUGUGUGAUCCGAUGUUUUCAUCGACAGUUUCGACACCGAGUCUUACCAGUCCAACAUUGCCAACCACACCGACUCCAACGUUUCCAACUACCUCGGACACCACGCCAACAAUGGAAUCCUCAGAUACGCCAACUGCAACGUUUCCAACUACCACGGACACCACGCCAACAAUGGAAUCCUCAGAUACUACCUCUACUGACACAACGGAUGGGACUGCACCACCACCAACGGCACCAACUGCGCCACCACCAACGGCACCAACUGCGCCACCAAACACAACAACUCCAGAUGAGUCCACCACAACGGAUUCCAGCAGCACCGAGGAAACAGAUAUGCCGGAUGAGACAGAAGAAGCAGACGAAACUGAUGCGCCUACAUUCAACGAGAUGUUUGAUCCUGAAGAUUUCCUAAUUCCUUUGUAA